GUUCCAUCCGUAUAUUGAAGCAAAAGUGGAUUCUAUUUUACAGGUCAAUUAGUUCACAAAAAAAAAAUUAUUGUAAAAUAUUUGGUACGAUUGUCAUAGUGACCCAUACUGAGAUAUGUUAUCAGUGAUAAUAUAAUUUCCAUAUUCUUUUAUCAUGAUAAUUUCAUUAUAUAUUUUUUUUUAAUUUUAAUUUUGAAUUUAUUGUUGAGACGUGAGUACCUACUGCCUACAAAAGUACAGAUACAUUGUUUCAUGUUUGCAAUUUUAAGUUUAGUACAGUUCUAGUGAAUUCUUGGGUUUUUUUUCUAUUAUAUUAUUAUAAUAUACUAAACAUGCCAAGCUGUAUAACUUGUGGAAGAUCAGUUAGUAAAAGUUCAAAAUCAGCAAAUAUAACUUUUCAUAAGUUUCCAUCUAAAGAAAGUGUUCGAGAAAAAUGGAAUAACUUCUUAUUAGAAAAUGCUGUGAGUCCUGAAAAUGUGCUUAAGACUAGUGUAAUUUGUUCCCUCCAUUUUGAACAGUCGUGUUUUGUGUUGGACAAAAGCAGAAAACUGUUAAAUAAGCAUAGUUAUCCAUCUAUAAUUGUAAAUCGUAUAAAAGGCGCCAAAAAAAUGUGUGAUGAAACUGUAACAAAAUAUCCUAUGACUUAUGAAGCAAAACCAAAUAGUUCUUCAAACAUUUUAAAAUGUGAUCGAAAAUUAGUUAAAUUGUCUUGUAGCAGUAAUGCAAUAGAAGGAGUUUCACUUUUGGAUGAAUCAAUUUUAAACACAUCAUCAAGUAUUUGUUCUGAGUCCUUUUCCAACAACAAAGUCUCGGUAAAACGUAAUAAAUACUUCACAAUAUUUUUUUCCUCGUAAGCGACAACACUGUAAAUUAGAAACCACUUUUGCUUCAGACAGUUGUUCAGAACGAUAUAGGGAACGGCCUCUCUAUAUUACUCUAUGGUACAGACCUUGACCAUUAUAUUAUUCUGUGCCUUGACGUAGUAAUUAUAGUAAAUACGACUGGUAUGACUGGUAUGAGGUAUAUUCUAACUCUAUGGCCUAUGCACAAAAUAGGUGAAAUUUCACUUAUAACGUUUUUUUUUUUUUUUGUCGUCUAUUAUUAUAGUCGUGCAGUGCAGUGCACGAUUAUAAAGAAUUUUUUUCACAUAAUAUCUAUAACUAUAUAUAGUUAAUAUACUGAUCUCGGUGUCAAUGGGAUAACUGAUAACCAUAGAUAAUAUUACGACAAUAUAUUUAUAUAUA